UCUGUGUGGGUUUUGUGCGCGUGGAAGCUGAAUAAAAAUGAAAUGCCAGGAUUGGGCUACCUCCAGGGAGAGCAUCUCCAUCCUAUAAUGUGAGGCAGCCAGCAGCACUCCGGGAUCUGGGAGAAGCUGCAUCCAUCUAGCAACGUGCCUCCGGAGGACCAGGCGUGAUCCAACGGGACGGAGAGAUACAUUUUUUUUUAAAAAUAUUGUUUUCUGCUGUGGAGAGAAAGGAUUGUCGUCAUCCCCCCCAUCUGUCCUUUUUUUUUUUCCUCUGGUGCCCCCUCCUUUCUCCUCCGCCUCCACUCUCUCUUUUUCUUUUUUUUUUCCUCCUCAUUCUUCUAGAGGUGCUUGUUGGAAUAUCAAACCUCCAUGUAUGACAAUUUGUACCUGCAUGGAUUUGAAGACUCGGAGGCGGGCUCAGCUGAUUCUUAUACUAGCAGACCAUCAGAUUCAGAUGUAUCUCUGGAGGAGGAGCGGGAGGUGCAAGCCCAGGUCCAGAGCCAGAGCCCAAGCCAGAGCCAAGGACCGGGACAGAGCCGUCAGGAAAGGGAGCAACAGGCUGCCGUUCAACUGGAAAGAGCCAAGACUAAACCGGUGGCUUUUGCUGUAAGGACCAAUGUCAGUUACUGUGGUGCACUGGAUGAGGAUGUUCCAGUUCCAGCCACAGCCAUCUCCUUUGAUGCCAAGGACUUUCUCCACAUAAAGGAGAAAUUCAACAAUGACUGGUGGAUCGGUCGGUUAGUGAAAGAGGGAUGCGAGAUCGGUUUUAUUCCCAGUCCUCUGAAGCUCGAGAACAUCCGGCUCCAACAGGAGCAAAAGAGAGGACGAGUCCAAGGUAAGUCUGGAGGGAACUCCUCUUCCAGUGUAGAGGAUGAGGUUUCUGCCUCUAUCCGACCACUCAUAUCCUCAGCAGGAAAGCAGAAACAGAAAGUGACGGAGCACAUUCCUCCAUAUGAUGUGGUUCCCUCCAUGAGGCCCGUGGUGCUGGUGGGACCCUCGCUCAAGGGUUACGAGGUAACAGACAUGAUGCAGAAAGCACUAUUUGACUUCCUCAAGCACAGAUUUGAUGGCAGGAUAACUAUAACACGAGUCACAGCAGAUAUAUCAUUGGCCAAGAGGUCGGUCCUCAACAACCCCAGUAAGCGGGCUAUUAUUGAAAGGUCCAACACUCGCUCCAGCUUAGCUGAGGUACAAAGUGAGAUUGAAAGGAUCUUUGAGCUAGCUCGCUCCCUUCAGCUGGUGGUACUGGACGCCGACACCAUCAACCACCCAGCCCAGCUCCUCAAGACCUCGCUGGCCCCCAUCAUUGUCCAUGUUAAAGUCUCCUCGCCAAAGGUUCUGCAGAGGUUAGUCAAGUCUAGAGGAAAGUCCCAGAGCAAACACCUGAAUGUUCAACUUGUGGCAGCGGACAAAUUAGCCCAGUGUCCACCAGAAAUGUUUGACAUCAUUUUGGAUGAGAACCAGCUGGAAGAUGCGUGUGAGCACCUCGCUGAAUACCUCGAGGCCUACUGGAAAGCAACCCAUACCUCGAUGGCGACGCCUCUAAAUCCUCUGCUGGGACGUAAUCUGGGCCCCACCACGCUCACCCCAUACCCCACCAGCAUCUCUGGUCUGCAGCAGAGCCAAAGAAUGCGACAGAGCAACCACACAGGAGACCAUUCAACCCCUAACGAGCGACGCAACCUGAUGACAACAGAUGAAAAUUACCACAACGAUCGAGCACAUAAGGGACGCAACCGCAUGUCCUCAGGCUCGCAGCAUAGCCGGGAACAGCAGGACCCCUAUCAGGACUACCAGGACCCCUAUCAGGAUGCAUACAAGCCACAUCGCAAUCGUAGUUCACCGGGCAGCUACAGCCAUGACUCCCGGCACCGGCUCUGAGCCCACUCCAAUCACCACCAGGGCCUAAUGACCCAGAUUCCACUGAAAAUAAACGCUGCAUAAGAGCCGAGAUGGUCCCAAAUUGUAUCUUUUUUUCUUUUUUUUUUCUUAGUCUACCUGGCUAUUUUUCUAUUUGAAGUCAAACAGAAUAAUCUUCAGGUAUUUCUUUUUAAGCAAGCUGUCAGGGCAACUCCUGACAGCAUGAGGAGUCAGGAGAUUCAGGAUGCCAACAUAAACUAAUACUAUAAAAUUAAUUACUUUAAAGUAUGUUUCUGGGACCUUCUGGGAUUGUACUAACACAAUACUCAGCAGAUGUGCAGCACAAAUUGUGCUUGUUGCCUCUGUCAACAAGCUAAUUAUGGAAAAUGGUCAGUUGGUGAUGAUGUACAAGCUUCUGUGUGCCUGGAGCAUCGCACCAGGUCAGAGGGAAGUCUGCUGUACACAGACUGCUGAAGGCUGCUGCCCCUACCCUGGGCCGUGUAUAAAUCCUCUCACCAUUUAGCUUAUUGCAUGCUGAUAGAUGACCAAGCUCCGCAUCCACUUAAGUGAUAUUUUGUACUUAGCAUACUGGAGUGUCUGUGAUGAGGUGUAGGCAAAGAGGUCCAAUUUUUUCUAAAUCACCCAGUUGUGAAUCAGCAGGUCACGGUAGGGUUUUUGGGUUGGUUUUCAGAUAGUUUUGAAAACUGGUGCUUCACAUUGCCAAACUAUUUUGCUGUUUUGAAAGUCACUUUGAGCAAGGCCAGCUUUUCUGUAGCAUAGCUUUAGCAUCUCAUUCGAGUGAAGAGCCUCAUGUUCAUAGGUGCUGGAAUCAGAUCUGAGCUACACUGUUUGGGAAGGCAAUACUGCUUGUGAGUCUGUCGAUAGCAAAAUAUUACUUGAGAUGCGUUUGAUGUUUCUGAUUCGACAGCUGGUUUAAAACCAGCCAGUCAGAGUGGGAUGUUCUGAUAUUUUUGCCACAUCUACGGUAAAAUAACCAGAUUGGGAGCCGUUGUUUUGUUUUGCUUGUAUGUUUGAUAGAUGUAAAAGAGCAUCUCCAAGUUGUUUUGUAUUUAUUUGCAUUGAAAUCAAAGUCAUGUAGAUGUUUCUCAAAGAUACCGAUGUUGAUUGCCAGAAUAUCAUGCCUUUGGUUAAUCAUUGUCGAAAUUUAUGAGGUGGUUUUAGAGGAUUAAAAUGGUAAGAAUGCGACAUGACAGGAUUGGUUGCAUCACGUUCAUCUGUGUAGCUGGCAUGUUGUCCUGACUGCAGAGCAUGCUCCCUUCAAACAUAAAGUAGAACCCCGCUGUACUCAACUUGAUGUUUGUAGAAAUGUGGGGCACCUCUUAAAAUAAUAAGAAAAAAAAGCAAAACAAACUAAAAAAAAAAUAUUUUUAAAAAGAAAACAAUAGAAAAUAAUAUCCCAAACUGCAGAUGAAUGAUAUUUCCCGACCUCAGAGGUUUCAGGUGUUGUAUUAGAAAUCAGUACAUGUUUGAUCAGAUGACACUGCAUGAUGUAGAAGUUGAGCCACCUUACUUAUGAGUUUCUAUGAGUUCAUGGUUAUGUUGUAUAGUAAGUGCACUAAAACAUCGUAUACAGCCCGAGUUUACCGAACCUUGUGGUGCUUUGUAUGAAAAUAGGAAGCUGCUGCAGUUGCUGAUGAUGUUGAAAGUCUUUUUAUAAUUUACUGUACAUAUCUUAUUGUUUUAAGAUCAUCUGUCAUCCAGUUAUUAUGACGUAAUUGUUGAAUUUCUUUAAAGGAUUUGUCUAUUUUCUAAUUCAGACAUGUUUUGCUGAGUUUAUCUUUAAUUAGUCGUCUGUCUGUUUGCCACAGAAACAUUUUGUUGCAAAUCACCUGAAAGGGUGACGGACAAACCUGAGGCCUCACGACCACCCGUCUGACAAGAUAUCUUGACAACAGGCAAGAUGAGGCUAAUCUUUAUUGGCAAUACAAAUAACUGAAGAGGACCAAAUACUGAGAGUUUGAAAUCGGUUCAGAUUUAAAUUGAUUGUAUAGUUACUAUUAACUCAGCUAACACGUAUUUAUUUAGUAAGAAUUUAAAAAUGUGAUGAUGAAAGUGCACUUUAAGUGGUUUAAAUCUUUAGAAAUCACUUAAAAAGUCACUCAAACCGGUAACUGGCUAAGUUUUGUCCCCCUUCUCACAGCAGACGAGCUGCAAAUUAAAUGUGUUUUCAAGGUAAAUAAGUGAUGACACAUGUACUGUAUGAAACUGUCUUUUAGCAUGCUAAGACAUUCAGACUAAUUAAAAAGGUAAAAUCUUUUUUAUCAGAUCUAUACAAAGUGUUUUCAAGACUAAUACAGUUUAAAUAAUCAGAAACUUCUUCAAACAAGAAGGAAAGAUAAGUAGUAGCUGCUGCUUUCAGGGAGCUGUAAAAAAAAGCUGACCAGACAACAUAACAAACCUAGAGGCAGCCAUGUCUCUCUCAUCCGUUUGUUUAUCAGCUGUGUAAAGGCUGAAAAUGAAAAAUAACCUAAAUCUGACCUGAGAAGCACCCUCCCUUAGAAGAUGUAAACUAACAAGUCAGGAAAUUUCACGUUCUAAUGUCAUAUGAAGCGUAAAU